UUUCCUGCCCGAGUGCGAGUAGUUCUCUGGGGGCCUUGGCGUUGCUGCGCACCUGCCCCGCGGCCCCAGGUGUCAGGUCCCUGUGGCUCUCACCUGCCCGGGCCGCGGGGAGGACUCCCGGGAGAGCCCGGAGCCGGAAAGAGAUGGACUCGGUGGUCUUCGAGGAUGUGGCUGUUAACUUCACCCUGGAGGAGUGGGCUUUGCUGGAUUCUGCUCAGAAGGAGCUCUACAGAGACGUGAUGCUGGAGACCUUCAGAAACCUAGCCUCAGUGGGAAAAAUUUGGGAAGAACUCAGCAUUGAAGAUCAGUAUACAUACCAGAGUAGACACCCAAGAAAUCAUGUGGUGGAAAGACUCCAUGAAAGUAAUGAUCAAUGUAAGGAAGGCUUCAGUCAGAUUCCAAAUCUUAACCUGUACCAGAAAACACUCACUGGAGUAAAACAGUAUGAAUACAGUCCAUACAAAAAAGCCUUCAUGCGUCGUUUACUCAAGAAUCACAGCACUGCUUGUACUGGACAUAAACCGUAUCAAUGUCGGGAAUGUGGGCAGGCCUACAGUUGUGAUUCACACCUAAGGACGCAUGUGAGAAUCCAUAAUGGAGAAAGGCCCUUUGUGUGUAAAUUAUGUGGAAAAACCUUUCCACGUACUUCUUCCCUCAACCGGCAUAUCAGGAUUCAUACUGCUGAGAAAACCUAUGAAUGUCAGCAAUGUGGGAAAACCUUCAUUGAUUUUUCAAGUCUUACUAGUCAUGUGAGAACUCAUACUGGAGAGAAACCAUAUCAAUGUAAGGAGUGUGGGAAAGCUUUCAGCUACUCCUCAACUUUUCGAAGACACAUGAUAACACACACUGGAGAGAAGCCCUAUAAGUGUAUGGACUGUGGGGAAGCUUUCAGCUACUCCUCAACUUUUCGAAGACACAUGAUAUCACAUACCGGGGAGACACCACAUAAAUGUAAGGAAUGUGGGGAAGCCUUCAGUUAUUCCUCAGCUUUUCGAAGGCACAUGAUAACACAUACGGGAGAGAAGCCUUAUGAAUGUAAACAGUGUGGGAAAACCUUCAUUUAUCUCCAGUCCUUUCGAAGGCAUGAAAGGAUUCACACUGGAGAGAAACCUUAUGAAUGUAAGCAAUGUGGAAAAACCUUCAUCUAUCCCCAGUCAUUUCGAAGACAUGAAAGGACGCAUGGCGGAGAAAAACUCUAUGAAUGUGACCAGUGUGGAAAAGCAUUCAGCCACCCAUCCUCCUUUCAAGGACACAUGAGAGUGCACACUGGAGAGAAACCUUACAAGUGCAGUCAGUGUGGGAAAACUUUCAACUGGCCCAUAUCCUUACGAAAACACUUGCGAACUCACACUAAAGAGAAACCCUAUGAAUGUAAACAGUGUGGAAAAGCCUUCAAUUUAUCUGCUUGCUUUCGAGAGCAUGUGAGAAUGCAUCCUGGAGACAAGUCUUAUGAAUGCAAGCUAUGUGGGAAAGCCUUCUACUGUCACCUCUCCUUACAGAAACACAUGAGAAGGCACACCGCUGAGAAGCUUUAUGAAUGUGAGCAAUGCCAGAAAGCUUUCAGUUGGCCUGAACUUUUGCAACAGCAUGUGAGAACGCAUACUGCAGAGAAACCUUACGAAUGCAAGGAAUGUGGUAAAGUUUUCAAGUGGCCCUCAUCCCUACCAAUACAUAUGAGAGUGCACACUGGAGAGAAACCAUACGAAUGUAAGCAGUGUGGGAAGGCCUUCAGUUGUUCCUCAUCCUUAAGAAGACAUGCAAGGAUACAUACUGUGGAGAAACACUACAUAUGUAAUGGGGAAAAUCCUCAUGCAAAUGAAUUCAUGCACAGUGCUUCAGAAAAUUCACAUGAGGAGAGAAAUCUUAUAAAAGUUGCAAAUCUGGUAUUGCCUUUAUGAGUCCCUCGUCAUGGAAGUGGAUCCAUAUUGAGUGUACUUCUAGUUCUUUUUGAUGAAAAUUAAUUGUUAAAGUACUCUUAACUAUAGUACAUGAAUUUUGUAGGUAGUGGGUUUUUUUUUAAUGUUUUAGGAAAUAAAACAUUUAUCUUUCCAGUUGGACUCAUGGUGAUUUGCAGUGUAUUUUUAAUAUAUACACUAUAUAGUUUAGAGCAACUGCCCAAUGUGGGGCUUGAACCCAUGACCCUGGGAUUAAGAGCCCGAUGCUCUUCUGACUGAGCUAGCCAGGCAGUUAAAUAUAUAGCUUAAUAUCUUAGUUGUUUAAAUUGUCCCUUAAGGGGUCAUUGGAACAAUGACAUUGUGGUAUUUGUUGGAAUUUUCCUACUGGCUUAGUGUGGCAGAUACUGGAUAAUCAACCAUUACAUAUUUUCCACCAUGGUAUUGAGACAGCCUUUAUUUAAUUAGGCCAGUGGAGCCUUAUUCCAUUUUUCUUAAAAAUAGUUGGUUGCUGCUGCUAAGUCACUUCAGUCGUGUCCAACUCUGUGCAACCCC